AUGCUUGUAAGGAUACCUCGUCGUCGAUUUGACUCAGUAUCAAGUGGCGAGUCUCGGCAGCCACCAUCCAGCUUCACACCUGCACCUGCCUACGCCCAUGUCUCGACAUAUCGGACACUGCAAAUGGAAAUGCAGAUACAAAGUCCAUCACUGAAGGCAUGCGAGAUGGACCAUGCGCCCCCGCUUCCUGUGUUCAGCGACCACGACCAAAUACGAGGGCGCGUCAUACUGGAUCCCAGCUGCUCCUCGAGCGGCAGACUGGUUAUUUCGAUGAAAGGCUCCUUCCUCUAUACGAACAAGGGCGAAUCGUCGAAAUACAAUGCUGAGCAAAAGAGCCAUGUGUUCCUAGCCGCAUCAACGGCGAUAGUAGUGUCGCCUGAGCCACCUCGUUCGGCAUUUAGGGACGCCUUUGCUGCCAGUAUACGGCGGCGCCCAAGUGGAUCCAGUCUCGGGACAACAUAUGCCUCUGCAGAACGGUCGUACUCCUUCAACUUCGACCUUCCCCGAAGUUGUAGGUCGGCAGAGGAGCUGCCACCGUCGUCUUCAUCUUUCAAACUGGACGAUGCGGACCCCCUUCGUCAAUCCUUAACCCCAGGGCACCAAGUUCAAUAUAUCAUUCAAGCGUCCUGGGAACCGGCGGAGGGUAUAGAACUAUCAACAAGCUUAGAGACGCCGAUCAUAGUGCAGCCUGAAAGGGACUUCCAGUCACUUGAUUGUUCUCCUGUCAGUCAAGAUUCGUGGCUGGAAAUGCCUCUUCGAUCGGAUCGCCCGAUACCGUACCGUGUCGCGAUCACGCUUCCCAGCCUUGUUACAUUCUCGAGAGGGACUUCGAUACCUUUCUUCGUUGUUUUCACUACGACCCCUCGUUCACCUUCUCUCGUCAAAGAGAUUGCAUCCGAUGCAACUAUUUCCGUGUCGCUCAUUCAACAAAUUCAAAUUCAACAAACGAUAACGCUCCCACCAACUCCACCACAUACGCCUACUUCAUCGAUCGACGAGAAUGAGCCGCCACGGUCUGCUAAACUCCUUAAGCGCGUAGGCGGACGGCCGCGCCGUUCGCCAUCGUCCCCGACGCUUUACACCGACAGUUCACAGGACAUACGUGAGAAACCUCUACCAAGGCUACCCAUGGAAACUAGCCUCUCAGAGACGAACUCACUCCACUCAAGCAUGUGCAUCGGGUUUCCCAAGCGUCCGCGCAAUCCGUGCGGUGAUCAGAAGCAUCCAAGUCUGGCUACCCAACAUAUGCUUCCUGACGGCCUUCACAAGUCGAAGAUACCACUAAAUUCGGCUAUGCUACCAUCGAUUGACUGGAUCGGGAUAUCUGUGAAGUACUAUGUGGACGUGUCUGUACUAUUCGGGCAAGAUGACCUUCGCGUCCGCAUUCCAGUCAAGAUAACCUAG